GUGCCGGGCGUCCGCAGCGCGCGUUGUGCGCGCCUGAGCGGAAGAGUCCCGGUAGGUGCGGGCUGCGUGCCGCCACCGCCCUCUUCGGAGGCGCGGGCCCGGCGGAAGCCAUGUUUGUAGCACGCAGCAUCGCGGCGGACCAUAAAGAUCUCAUCCAUGAUGUCUCUUUCGACUUCCACGGGAGGCGAAUGGCGACAUGCUCCAGCGAUCAGAGCGUUAAGGUGUGGGAUAAAAGUGAAAGCGGGGAUUGGCAUUGUACUGCUAGUUGGAAGACACAUAGUGGAUCUGUAUGGCGUGUGACAUGGGCCCAUCCUGAAUUUGGACAGGUUUUGGCUUCCUGUUCUUUUGACCGAACAGCUGCUGUUUGGGAAGAAAUAGUAGGAGAAUCCAAUGAUAAACUUCGAGGCCAGAGUCACUGGGUUAAAAGGACAACCCUAGUGGAUAGUAGAACAUCUGUUACUGAUGUGAAAUUUGCUCCCAAGCAUAUGGGGCUUAUGUUAGCAACCUGUUCAGCAGAUGGCAUAGUAAGAAUAUAUGAAGCGCCAGAUGUUAUGAAUCUCAGCCAGUGGUCUCUGCAGCAUGAGAUCUCAUGUAAGCUAAGCUGUAGUUGUAUUUCUUGGAACCCUUCAAGUUCUCGGGCUCAUUCUCCCAUGAUAGCUGUGGGAAGUGAUGACAGCAGUCCCAAUGCAAUGGCCAAGGUUCAGAUUUUUGAAUAUAAUGAAAACACCAGGAAAUAUGCAAAAGCUGAAACUCUUAUGACAGUCACUGACCCUGUACAUGACAUUGCAUUUGCUCCAAAUUUGGGAAGAUCUUUUCAUAUUCUAGCGAUAGCAACCAAAGAUGUGAGAAUUUUUACAUUAAAACCCGUGAGGAAAGAACUUACUUCUUCUGGUGGUCCAACAAAAUUUGAAAUCCAUAUUGUGGCUCAGUUUGAUAAUCAUAAUUCUCAGGUCUGGCGAGUGAGUUGGAAUAUAACAGGAACAGUGCUGGCAUCUUCAGGAGAUGAUGGCUGUGUAAGAUUGUGGAAAGCUAAUUACAUGGACAAUUGGAAGUGCACUGGUAUUUUGAAAGGUAAUGGAAGCCCGGUCAGUGGGAGUUCUCAGCAGGGAAACUCAAAUCCUUUCCUAGGUUCAAAUAUUCCAAAUCUUCAGAAUUCAUUAAACGGAUCUUCUGGUGGCAGAAAGCACAGCUGAACACAAGCUAACGGGAGUAUCUUUGCUGGUUUGCUGCUUGUUGCAUGCACACAGGAAUGGAAAGCGAGUUCCUUUUCCCCUUCCCCAGCGCUCUUUGACCUCUCCCAAGAUACACCAGCAGCCUGCUUACUAUUAAAUGUGGUCCAAAGGCCUUUAAAACUACAGUGUAUAUCAUUUUGUGUGUUAGUCAACUCACUGACAUUUUUUGAAACUUUUGAAAUAUAAAUGGAGAGGUUUUUGUUGA